CCUUGAUACGCAUUAAUUGUGAUAUAUAUUAUCGUCUGGCGUCGCAAUGCCUCCCAGCUACUUUGACCACCUGGUCCCGGAGGCGAGAAACGGGAAAGAGAGCGAGCCUGGGGAUCAAGACGCAAAGAGCAUCAAUAGUUCCAAUAGCAACGAGGAUGCCCUAGAGGUAACUUUCGAAGGUGGCACCGCGCAUCGUCGCAAAGCUUCCCUCGCGCCUCCUCCCACUACUUUUGCGAACAUACCUUCCCGUCCUACAAGUGGACGUCGGUCCACGGGCUGCAUUGUACACACACUGCUUGAGAAGCACGAUGGGAAGCCGAUCGAUGACACGGAACAGACGGCAUCGCAUGAGGGACUCGUCGCAGAACACCGAAUUGACAAAGACCCGCUCUCGCAUGCCGGCCAGACACACCACUCGCGGCUGUUGACCAAGAACCAGAUAUCGGAAAUGGCUCUUGGUAUUAGGGAGCUCUCAAAGAAGCUGGCGCAAAUCAGGCUCAAGCUCAAUGUCCGGAAUAUCUUCAUCCUGGCCAAGGCACACGACGAGACACUCAUCAAGUACACGCGGGAAACGGCCGACUGGGUCUUGGCCAAAAACUCGAGGUACAACGUCUACGUGGAGGACAAAUUGGAGAAGAACCGCAUCUUCGAUGCUGAGGGUCUCCUUGGGAAAAAUCAAUCAUAUCAAAGCCGUCUAAAGUACUGGACGAAUGAGUUGUGCGCCAAAAGGCCGCAGACGUUUGACAUAGUUUUAGCUCUUGGUGGCGAUGGCACCGUUCUCUACGCAUCCUGGUUGUUCCAGCGCAUUGUGCCACCUGUCCUCUCCUUCUCACUUGGAUCCCUUGGCUUUCUAACGAAGUUUGACUUCGAUCAGUACCCAUCAACUCUCAGUCGCGCAUUCGAGGAGGGCAUCACAGUCAGUUUGCGCCUCCGCUUUGAAGCGACGGUUAUGCGAUCACAGGAAAGGGAAGGACCACCCCGCGAUCUAGUCGAAGAGCUCAUAGGAGAAGAAGCCGAGGACGACCAUACGCAUAAGCCCGACGGAACGCGCAAUAUUCUCAACGAGGUGGUCGUAGAUCGGGGGCCUAACCCAACCAUGUCGAGCAUUGAACUUUUCGGCGAUGAUGAGCACUUCACAACAAUACAGGCUGAUGGCAUAUGUGUCUCCACGCCCACGGGAAGCACAGCAUACAAUCUCGCAGCAGGCGGCUCGCUCUGCCAUCCAGACAACCCAGUCGUGCUGUUGACCGCGAUAUGUGCGCACACGCUCUCUUUCCGCCCAAUUAUUCUGCCAGACACGAUUGUGCUUCGCGCUGGCGUACCUUAUGAUGCGAGGACCAGCUCUUGGGCGAGCUUCGAUGGGAAAGAACGGGUUGAGCUAAAGCCAGGUGAUUACGUCACCAUUAGCGCGAGUAGGUUUCCAUUUCCGAAUGUCUUGCCCUUUGAACGGAGACGGACGGAUUGGAUCGAUAGUAUAAGCAGGACGUUGCAGUGGAAUUCGAGGCAGAAGCAGAAGGCGUUCAAAGAGUGGAGCUCUUAGAUUAGACAUGAAAUCACAUCUUGCGAGAAGUAAGAUGAAACAGUCUGCGUA